GUUUUUAGUAGAGAGUCAGUUGUUGUGGUCGGCGUCAUUGUCACUCUCUGUCUCCUCGGCUGAACUUUUAUCUCCAUUGUCUGAAUCAUGAGGAAGAAGCGUUCAGGAGUGUGGCGGCACUUCCAGGAAGAGGGAGAUCGGAAGGUAUCGUGCCGGAUGUGCCGCAUGCAACUUACGAAGCACGGCAACACCUCCAUGAUGCUGCGUCACCUGAGGAGGAAACACCCAGAGAUGAUGGACGGUCUCUUUGACACGGAGGCGCCCACAGUCACUGAAGAGGAAUCGUGGCAGGCCGAGGAACAACCCCUGGGGAAAGAUCCGCAGCCCUAUCUUGGAUCAGUGAAACGGAAACGGUCAUUGGUGUGGCAACAUUUCCAAGAGAAAGGACGGGACCGAGUGAGUUGCCGACUGUGUCACGACGAGUUGGCCACUCAGCACGGGAACACCUCCUCAAUGCGUCGACACCUUCACGGCAAGCACCCACACAUAAAACUGUCCGCUUUAGAGGGUGACAGUCCAAGGAAGAUGAACCACUUACAUCUGCGGUCCAGCAAUACAGAGACGCGCUUCCUGUCGGUGUGUGAGCGCCUCCUGCAACACAACCACCUGACUGACUGCACUCUCAUGGCCGAGGGUCACUUCAUACAAGCUCACCGGCUGGUCCUCGCUACUUGCAGUGAGAGCUUCGAAGAGCUUUUUAAAACAAUGACACACCCGAACCCAAUCAUCGUUCUUCGUGACGUUACCUUACAAGAACUUCAGGGGCUUAUCAACUACAUGUACAAGGGUCAGAUACUUGUCAAGUCCAGGGAUCUCCCGGGACUGUUGAAAGCAGCAUCCCAACUGAAAAUAAAAGGUCUGAGUGAGGUGGGAUUGUCCAAAACUUGGCCAGAUGACUUACAUGUUCCUGAGGGCAGCUGGCAGCAGCAGGGGACCUCCACCACCACCACCAGGAAGGCAGGAAAGACCUACUUCCAGGAUGACCAGGAUAUGGAUGACCUGGAGGAGGAAUACUUCACUCCCCACCAAACUGAACACACAGCUCAAGGCCAGAGAACGACAUAUGAAAUGCCUAGUGAGGAAGUUGUUGAACCACAGAACAUGAGUCCACAUUGUCAUGAAGAUGUUCCAGAAGCCAAGACAAGAAUGAAGAAGGUACAGAUCAAGGUGGAACAUGAUACAGACGUUGAAGAGUCACACUUCCAGACCUCCCUUGAAAUUCCUUCUCCCAUAGACGCUCACGUACACCAGCAGCCAGAGGAACUCGACGCCGAGAUGAUAACGGCCCAAGAGGAAGGCGACCCAGUAGACCCACUCGUGACGUACGAGAUAAAUAACUGCGACGGCACCGCUCAAGUGACAGGCAGUGUAACUCACGGCCAGGGAGAUGACAACCCUCUAGCACAAAGAAGCAGUGAUCCAGUGAGGCAAGGCACACCCGGCACCUCCACAACUGUCCUGAAAGUGGGAGCCAGACAUCACACAUCUACACCACUACCCACUCUGGUUGCUCGUAGGGGUGUUGGGGCUACUGGUGGGAAAACCCAGAUUCGCAUCUCUACUGCCGGAACCUCUCGGGCGGCUCCACAACCCCUGCGGCUGAUGACUCUCUCCCCCUCUCGCAAAUUUUCAAAACGUGACCUUCUGGCUGCUGUAAAUCUGGUGCAGGAUGGGUGUCUAGGGGUCAAAGUAGCUUCCCAGACAGCCAACACAACGAUAUUCAGAAGCUGCAAAACACCUGACAACCCGGCCCUCGUGAAGCAGGAGUUGGAUUGUCCUCCAGAAAAAGUUAUCAAGAAAUCCCACGAGUAAGGCAGGUAACGAGGAAGGUCAGUGACGUGUAGGUUCUCUGCUCAUAGACAUAGGCAUUGUGGUCCUUCCUAGAAACAUCUCAACAAUGCUUCAGUCAACCCCAUGUUGUACUAAGGAGCUACAUUAUGAAGAGUUUUAUUCUUCACUGUAGAAACCUGAAUGUGUGCUCUCUUUGUUUUAUUAUGUUGAACUUAUAUUCCAUAUUAUAAACUGUAGUUGUAUUAACUAGAGUACAAAUUUAUGUACAGUCCUGUGUUUUUAUUCUUAUCAGAAAGUAUAGUGAUUUAAAAAUUUGUUACUAUUUGUAUUAGUAUAAUAUGCAAAAUACUGCACUUGUUUGUUUAUUUGAAUUAGUCCAGGUCAUCCUGUAAUUGUUAACAUUGUACAGUACAGCAAACUACUAUAGUCACUUUAUAUUGUGUCAACUUUAGUCAAGAAGAAGUGGUAGAUUUAUAAUUUGUGUUAACCUUCCUCUUAUACAAAUAAUAAUGCAGGCUCUUUUUCUGUUGCUACCAUUUUAAUUUUACACCUGAGUGCAUUUGUUAUGGCAGUGAGAGCAAGUGAGAGGAAAGAGAGUGUGUGUGUGUGUGUCUGUCCAUGUGUGCAUAGCUUAUGUAUCCACUGCAAUUUUCAUACAAUUAAUAAACAACUAUGUAUAUUAGUGGCCUCCACAUCAUGAGACAACUGUUCUGAUUUUGGUUUCCAACCUGAGUGAAAGAUUGUCUUCCCUGCUUGUACAGUCAGGGUAUCUACACCCAUCCAAUUGCCCUUCAUCAUGAUGGGCAAAGACCUCUUGUAGUAUGUGUGGGAGGGAAGGGGGGGGACCAUGUUUCAGUCUAUAUAUUAUAAAAUACAUAAAAUAACAGCUGUUGGUCAAGUGUUAAGGCUAUGGUAGUGCUUUUGCCUGACGUCAUGAAGGGAUUGAUCCAAUCUUCGAAAAUACUGGUAUACUACAUAGCCAAAUUUUGCAGUGGUAGCCAGCUUGGUGUGCUUUUCUGAAUGGAAUCGAUGAAUAACACAGACAACUGAACCGUCCGGGUAAUGUCUCCAAAUAGUGUUGUUCACUCUAUAGUUUUAAUUGUGUUCUUUUAAGCAUUAAUUAGAUCCCUAAUGAACAUUUUAUGUACACACACUCCAAAAAGUAUCUUUACAGAGGCUCCAUAUCUGUUGUGUCGUAUUGCCUAACACAAAAUCAUUAAGAUACUUUUUGUACCAUGUGUGCCUGACCAGGUUAUAAAGACUAUGAGAAGGAAGUGUUUGGUUGACUGCCAUUCUAUUAUAUCACAGCAGCUAUGAAUAAAUUGGUGUAAUUUAUUAUAUUUCCCUAUUACAGUAAGGUCUUGCUUAAUGAUUGUCACUUGCUCCUGAAAAUGUGCUCAUUAGGUGAAUUUUCACUCGGCAGGAACUAUCAGGUAUUUGGUUUAUUAAAUCAAAUACUACUAAGUAGUACCUCUCAUUGAAUUUUUAUACCUUGAAACAUUACAAUUGCUAAAUAAACUUGAUUCUCAUUCAUCGGUCACUCGAGUUGAGCCUUAUUGUAGUUAAAGUCAUAUAAGCCAAUUAUUUAACUUAAAAAUAAGUAUUCUAAUGUGAGUUAACGAAAGAUUUAUACGUAAUUUAGCAAUACAUCUAUGUACUGUAUUUGUAUGUUCAGUUGUAAUUGAAAAUGAAAA